ACUGCUAUAGUCUCCGCCCUUCAGCUAGUGGUCCAGCAUGCUGAUAAGCAUGUCAAGCGCUGCGCGUUCCAGCUUCUCCGGCGUUUGGUGCCCCGUCCCCGUGCUGGCUGCUUCCGCCAUCUGCUCGAACGAGUCCCACGCUUCUCCCUAUAACGACGUCAGUUUAUACAGUGGCCGCUUAUCGUCGUCCAUUUCCUGUGUGCAGAACCAGACACCCAAGAGACAUCGCCACACGCCCUUAUAUCUCGCCCACGUAUCAUCCUCCAUGCGGUUAUCAAACAGCCUCCUUGGUUUGACGUACGCUUCUGUACGCUGCGCCUCGAACAGCACGGCCAGCCCGACGGCGUUGGGCGCAGACGUCGCUCGAGCCUGGUCUAGCACGCUGUCGACCGUCGCCCACAUCGCCUGGAGCACGACCUCAUCUUCAUUGAUGGGUCCUAUGGUGUUGAAUAGUGCGCUGGCACUGAGCCCUUACUUCCCGGAGAUCUCGAACGCGGUCCAUUGCCUGCUACGCCGGGCGUCUGUUCGGAGCGGCUUACAGAGACUCAUCGGCCGUCUAUCCCCGGGCCACCUCAAACCACUGGCUGCCGGCUCGGCUUGGGAAGAAGCGUUGGCAUUGGACGCCUAUUAUCCAUGGCAGCCGUCGGGGCUGCUGGCUUUUCUUGCUCACGUCGCCCCCCUUCUUCCACUCAUUCACCCACUCAUGUUUCUCUCGACAGUGCUGCUGCAUAGUCUGCAGCCGGAUGCAUACAUACGAGCACGUAUCGCAUCGUAUGCCGUCGUUACGUGGCGCUAUGAUGUAUGGGAUUGCCGCUAUAUGUGGGCUGGGAUGCUCUAGCCCUGCAACAUCAGACUGUGUUUUAUACACUGUCGUCUCUUGCUCGAUCUUGCAGACAAUAGCACAUCUCUCUU